ACAGAGGUGAAAAUCCAAGACAUGGGAAAACUUGAAAGAUGAAUGGGCCAUCAGGGUAGUGCUGCUACUAAGUAGAAGAAGCAAACUUGUUCGCCGUAAGCCUACUAGGACUGAGUCUCUCCUUUUUAUCGUCGUAUAGAAGCAAGCACAUCAUGAUGCGUAAGGCAAGCCUGGCGAGCGGCAUUGCUCUUUCCGUUGGCUGCCAACGAGUAAGCGGGAUGAUGCACCACAACGACUACAACGCAGUUAUCGAUAAAGAAGGUGAUCUCGUCGCCGAAGAUGCUACCGGAAGGCCAAGCAGCUUUGUGGACCAGUCUCCUGGCGUAGAGAUAAAAGCUUUUAGCAAUCUAGAUCUUUUAAUGCCUAUGAUACUGAGACUCAUCAUGGUGAAUGCUAGACUCAGGCGCCCGGUAGCACUCCGCCCACUAGAAUCCUCCACGCUCUGCACGCACUUCCCCCGCCAUGGCGUGCCUCCGCUUCCCCGGCUCCCUCCCCGCGCGACAACCGUCCGGCGGAGUUGAUCGGUGAAACAAGAGCCGGGCUGCGGGUGGCGUGUGGGCAUUGAAAGGGCACGCCUCGAAGUGGUAGGUUCGGGGGUUUACUUGCCUUUUGUGAGGUUUGGCCAUCGUUGCGUGAACGCUGAGGCUUUUAAAUUUUUAGACAUGACCCAAAUGCUGCAUUUUUAAAGUUCAUUCCCAAAUAUUUUGCCUCUCCCCCGCUGGUCUGAAUACGCUCCAUUGUGUAGAUUGUGUUUUGGGUUGGGUGCACUUAUUUUUUGCAGGUCUUUCCGGCUCUGGGAUUGGCCACCUUUGUUCUCCUUCUUUCCCUCCUCCUUUCCGAUUCUCUAUUGAAAUGUAUCUCUUACACAUUCUCGCUCAGUCACUCUUUCCACGUUUCUCGCUUCUGAUGAUGAUCUUGGCCUAGCACUAUGAUGCUGGGCAUCUACUCGUAAACUUGAAGUAAGCGAGUUGGGCAAAAAAUAGCCGACAAGGCUUCAGCAGCUGCAUGCCUGUGGCCUGUGUUCGGAGGUAUGGCAUACGCGGCAUAGACUGGCAGGGGGGCGGGGCGCAAGUGCGGGGGUCGAUACAGAGGCAGGCACUACCUAGGGGGUGCCACUUGGUAGGGGCCGUUGUGUUCGUUUAGGAGGCUGGCCGCGCUAGGGCAUGGCUCCGACCUGUGGGCGCUUCGCGUUUGCGCCGUAAGGUGGGCCGAACGCCGUAGAGCUGUCCACAUGUGUCUCGCCGCAAGCCUCCCCCUAUUAUUUGGGUGGUCCCUGGCGCUCUCUUUGAUGCGUGACGCCCCGAAGCCACGGACCACGCGCCCGCGGAUCUAUCAAGGACCCGCGGCUCUAUCAAGGAUCUAGCAAGGGCCCGCGGAUCUAUCAAGGAUCCACGGAGCGCCCGGAGAUCCGUGGGGUGACUCUUGUAGUUCGCUACGGGCUCUGCUCCUUUCACUCUUCGCAAGGGUUUUAACGUCUGCAGGAGUUUCCGCCUCACCUUUCGCAAAGCCAGCAGCGUCGCUUCUCUUUCUGGAGGCAAAUCGAAUCCGCUGACGCCUCGCAAAGCCACUAGCUUCCCGAGGUGAAUCUGAUUGCUUCUCGCAGCGCCUCUAGGUAGUAAGCAAGCGGCAAACCUGUCGAGAACGGCAGUCGCGAAGCCACUAGUAGCCAAGAGGCAAACUCGUCGGAGCCGGCUGCCGCAAAGCCACGAGUAAGGAAGAGGCAAACCCGCCGGCGCUGGCUGUCGCAACGCCACUAGUAAGGAAGAGGCAAACCCAUCGAGCAGGCUGGCUUUCGCAAAGCUGCGAGUAGCUAAGAUAGAGGCAAGCGCGGGCCCAGACCAGACGCUUACGGCUUUUGUGCUAGGCCUAGGGCUGGCGUGCAAGAUCCUCGCCUUCUGCUUCUCUUGAUCUUGGGCGUUUGAAUUAAUUAGAUGCAGACGCCUGCGGCGCUGUUUGUUUUUUGAAAUGCGACGCAGAGCGCGUUGCGCUUGCGCUAUAUGUUGUAGCUGUUCGCCGUUGCCAUCCGUUUUGCCUGACUGUCUGCUGGAGUGGGUUCGGAUUCGAUUGCCGGCUGUUGCAGGUACCAAUAGAAACGGAGCUGACUGCAUUCCCCACGUACGACAGGCCACGCGCUUGGGACUGACGUGGGCAACAGCGUGCGCGGAAGGCUUUGCCUGCGCUGGUCUUCUCUUCGAAGGGAAACCGGAAACGGCAAAGAACUCCCCCACCUCGCUCUGCUUUUGUCGUAGUCGUACUCAUGUGCUAGCAGUUACGCAAAACAGUAACCGCGCCCAAACCGGCCCAAGCUCCUGGCGGCCGCUCUUCAUUGCUGGACUAUCAUAAAACGAGCACUAACGACGUCGCGCCACCCUUUGGUGCUGCUCUUGUUCGUUGUUCCUUUUAUUGAUAUGGAAGAAUAGCGAAGGCGUUCGCCAAAGCUAGUUGGGGCGUGUAUUAUUUAGGCUGGCGCCCCUCUCUGUCCUCGUAUUCGUCUUCGUGUUCACCUCUCCACGUUUUCGGGGGCUGCGCAUCCUACACGCAGUGCACGUGACUGGCCACCACGCACGUGUAGCAUUCAUUACUCUAUUCGUAUUCGUGCUUUAUCUCGCUGCUCGUAUUCGCUCAUCGUGCUCUACGUCUACUCUCUUUCAUAUUCUAGUCUAUUCGAAAUUCUUUCCCGCCUUCCACUCCCUUUACUAUCCCCCGUGGCACCUCGCUCACUCUGGCAUCAUGUUCACGCGCUUCAUGCGUCUGGGCUUUUCUCUUCGCGACUCAUUCGUACGAAUUCUGUUGGUGCCAGCUGUGGGCUAGUCUGUCACAUGGACAGAGCUAGCAAAGUAAUACUUGCUUUCUGUUUGGCAGCGCCUUCAAGUAUGCGCCUCAACUUCUACAGACUGAGACUGCGCCAAAAAUGCUCACCAUCUUGACUGCCUUCUGGCAUGCUCGUGCUGUUUCGCUCGCCUUGGUUGCGCCUUGUGCUUUUUACUGUCUCAGAGUUAGGCCGACCCUGACAGAGCUAGGGUGGCAGCGUCAGCCGCAGCACCUUCGCAGCCUUGGGCUGGGGCUCUUAAUUUCGAGGCGCUUUAAGUGGCUUAAAUCAAUCCGGAGCGAAUUCACCCGGCGACGACAGGGCUCAACUCCGGGGCAAUUGAUGCGGCGGCAGCUAAUCCAGAGACACUCAGUGCCGUAAUUCAGAGGGCUCCCCUCACUCGCAGACGCUUGCCCUAGCGCAUUCAGAUGCAACUAAUGCGCUGACUUCAGAGACGCUGACCUGAUGAACGAGUUCAAGGGCGGGCGGUAGUGUAAAAACAACGAAGACAGAGAGGAGCGCGGCGGCCUACUUUCUGCCACUUCGAUUCGUUCUGGACAUUGGUCACGGCGAAGGGCUGGCGGCUCAGUUUAGACGUAGAGCCGAGCGCGCGGGCUCCAGCGUAGGCUGCUGGCAGUUCUCUACUUCCAGCCACAUUAGAGAGCCCCACGCAAGUGAGUAUCUAGCUUAGUCAAAACCAGGCCUCUCCUGCCCGUUGUUGUUUGUUGCGUGACGCUUGGGCCUCCUUGAGUGCAGACGCCUCACCCUCUCCGAAGCUCUGGGCGUGACGCGGUGGGCGUCACGCGUCGUGCAACAGCUCUACGGCGUUCAGUAAGUCCCACGGCCCACCCCCAGAAGCCGGGCUUUCGCAUGCUUUCGCUGACCCCCUGGCGGAGAUCGGCUGCGCGUCACUCUCUCUCACUCUCUCUCACUCUCUCUCCCUCUCUCUCUCGUCACUCGAUAAGAAACCAGCCACGCCGGCACUGCUCGCCACUGUCUGCCCCGUCACUCGUUGCAAGUUAGUCAGUGCGUAGAGCUCCUCACGCUUAUGCUUGCAGCAAAGAGCCUGCCGGCGUCUCUCGGCGCUCGUUGUUGGGGCAAAGCUGUGGACAGACUCGCAACAAGCCGCCCGCCCUCGUCAUGGGUGCGCCUCCAUUCCUCGCCACUCGUUGCGCAUCACAUGCCCGCAGCGGGUCGACAGGUCUCCCCGAAGCUGACUGACUCGCUACCGAGCCCACCUGCGGGGAGGGGAGUGAAGACCACUCCAGCUCUCGUCGGCUCUUGGAAGAUGGGAGACACUACCAGGGCACAACUUCACUGGGCUGAUUUUCGCUCGGUUCUCACCGGGGCGGAGGGCGCCACUGUGACGCAGGGCCCUCUCGUUUUGUUCCCAUCUGAGUGGGUGCGGGACGCUCUUCCCCGUUCUUCUCUCGUCUUCCUUUCUUCUCUCGUCGCUCGUUGCCUUGGGCGCUUCUCGUCGCUCGUCCUUCCUUCUCUCGUCCCUCUUGUUUCUUCUCUCGACUCGUCGCUCGUUGCCCGUCACAGAAGGAACAGCCAAGAUUAUCACCGAAAGACGCAAGGAAACCGACAAGAAAGAGAAACGCCAGCAGACAACAAAGAGAAGCGGGCGGCGUCUGGCUUCUCUCGUCUCUCUUUCUUCUUUCGUGCGUCGCCUGUUGCCCGUCACAGAACGAAGCAGCAAGAAGACUGAAAGACACAAGGAAACCGACAAGAAACGCCAGCAGGCAACAAGGCGAAGCGGGCGGCGUCUGACUUCUGUCGCCCCUCUUCCUUCUCUCGUCGCUCGUUGCCCGUCGCAGGGCAGUGGUGCAUGGCAGGAAACUAAGUAAGGAGAGUCGUUAUCGCAAACCGUGAAGUUCAAACUGUGGCCUUGACACGAGAGAGAAGGGGCGCCGUUUGUCGUUCGCCCAACGAGUUCCAAAAAUGCUCGAACGCGCGCAGAUGGUUGCCGAAGACAUCGAGCCCAUUGCGGUCCAUUCGUCACCCUUUGACAUCUUCCAAACUAUAGGUUUUAGGGUUUAAGGCCUUGAGAGUUAGCCGCCAGCAUAUAAGUGCUAGGGCACUCGCUGGAGAUAAGUGCAGGGGCACUGGCUAGGUAAGUGAAUUGUUCACCGGAGAAGCCUAGAGAUAUCGAGAGCUGAAGGCCCUUACUUAACCGUCUGAGGGACAGGGGCUCUACCUAUAUGACUGAGGGGGCUGGGCGACAGCCUGGAUUAUUUCAACAGAAGGAACAAGAAGAUCGAAAGACACUAGGAAACCGACAGGAGACGCCAUCGGGCAACAAAGAAAAGCGGGCGGCGUCUGACAGUAAGGACCUACGCGACCUGCCCGCGCGCUCGCUGCGUGUGCCUUCCAGAUCGGGGGCGCGUCCCUCCUUUCUACUUUCGGUUCUUUUUCUUGUCUUCUUCCACCACUGGGCCGCGCCGCAGAUCCGUCCACAGGGGGGGCCUCCCUCCCUGGUGAAUGAAUAUAUUUUCCAGGCGGGCUCAGGGCUGGAGGCCCCUCCCCGAUCUAACUUUUCGAGGGGCGGCCGGGCGGGAAGGCCUCAAAGCGCCCACUUCUGACCCCUUCCCGCCUUGUUGCAUGUACCCUACAGACCUGGCAAAGGGGGCAAAGGCAGGGCCCCGCUGCCUUGUUGCCUGUACCCUACAGACCUGGCAAAGGGGGCAAAGGCAGGGCCCCGCUGCCUUGUUGCCUGUACCCUACAGACCUGGCAAAGGUGGCAAAGGCAGGGCCCCGCUGCCUUGUUGGAUGUACCCUACAGACCUGGCAAAGAUGGGAAGGCUGGCGCUCUCUGGCGUGUUGCGGUACCCGACAGAGCUGGCAGAGGAGGCAAGGCGGGACCCACCCCCUUGGCGUGCUGCAUGUGGCCAACUAUACAGACCGCGCAAAGGUGGCCAGGCUGGACCCCUCUGGCGUGGUCCCCCCCAGAUCCAUCCACAGGGGGGGCCUCCCUCCCUGGUACUUACAUAUAUGCCCUCCUCGCUAAUAGCACCUCCACUCAUUGCCUAGAUUACAUCUCCUUUUACCUCAUCCCUUCAUCGAAAUACCAUUUUAGGAACCGAAAGCGGGCGCUGGAGCGCCCGUGCCGGAAGAUUGGCGGAGCCAACGUGGGCCCGAAGUGAUGCAGCUGCCGCCAAUUCCUAAGGCUGCGGCUCGGGUGGGAGAGGCCGUGUCAGGUCAUGGUCAUGGCCUUCCCGCGGCGCAGCUGCACUAUGAAACAAGGUUGAAGAAUAUCGAGGCGUUACGGCUCUCAGUAAUUCACUUAUUUCAUAGCGAAUUUAUGAUGUCCUCCUUUCUCCAAAUGCAUACCUGGGCGCCGGACGUUUCUGGUGUAUGAAGCAGGCCCUUCUAAUUGCUGAGAUGGAUUCUGUUAUGGCCGGGUUGAGUGAUGACUUUAGCGUCUAGGCACUUUUCGGCCUUUGCAGUUUCUGGUGGUAAAUGUCAAGGAUUGGAAAAGGAAAUACCUGCUAAAGUCAUCUACUCCUCCAUAGAAAUAAAGAAUUAUAUUCAGCGUCUCGAGAACAGGGUAAGCCAGGCGGGUGCUUGGCUCUCCUCGGAAGGCAUGCUGUGAGCUGAGUUGGUGGGUCGAAUGCAGGUGGUAUUUUUUGAUCUUCUUGGAAGCGGAAAAAAACAUAGAUAAAUGCCUUUUUAUCCAGUACUUCUUUCAAUUCUCACUGAUAUUUUUUGUGCAAAAGAAAUGGGCCGACCACCUUCCAAACCCCUAUGUUGUAGGUACUGGGUCACGCUUUUCGCUUUUUUGCUACGGGUACUUACAUUUAGUCUGAUCUCGGAAACGUGGUGGAGCGAGUAUUUGCGGCGAAGAAAUGAGAAAAGCAGUCAGGCCGAGUCGAUGCGGUAUUAUUAUUUACUCCACAUUCUUUUUCUUGUCUGAAAGUAUGUACUCCAAUUGCUGAUUCUCAUAUUCUUGACAAGAGAGCGUCCAUGGAGUAAACGUCUAUCAAACUCUGAUCUUUUAGGUACGAGAUUGCGCUUUUUCUUUUUUUUUGCUACGAGUGGGUACCUACAACACACAUUGCUCCGUUAAUCCGAUUUCGGAACGUAGUGGAGCGAGUACUUGUGGCAAAGAAAUGAGAACAAAGCAGGGGAAUGCUGGUGGCAUGCAUGAGACUCUCGGAAACUUAGAUAUUUGUGUUAGACAAUGGACAGGCUCUUUUUGUUGCAAACAGGGAAGAAUGCUUAUAAAUAUAUACCUUUGAGCUCGUAAUCGUGGGAUUGUGAAUAAGUCAAGCACCUUCGAUGACGGACGAGGAAGGGGGGCAGUAGAAUCAUGAGUCUAGAAUGGGUUAGCUCGUAGUUGACUUCGUUUUUUACUUUUCCAUCAGGAAUAAUCUUACUUUUUUUCUGAUGACAUUGUUUUUGCAUUUCCAGAGUUUUUCGUGUGGUUCUUUGCGGUAUAUCUUUUCCAAGAAAAGUUGAUAUUGUAUAAGCGUCGGACCCUCCGUCUCAACCGAUUUGAUCAGGUGGUUCAACAAUCAACAUUCAGACGAUUCAAUUUUUUCGACGGAUCUAAACCUAAAUUUUUCGAUCUAAAAAAUCUAAAUCUUUUCUUUUUGUUUCUAAAUCUAUAAGUACAUAGCUUGAGAAUUGCAGAGGAUGGACUAGUAUUUGACCAGGUAUUUGUAGAUUGAUUGUAUUGAUUGUAAUCAAGUGUUUGUUAGCCAGUGAUCACAUUCAUAGCGCCAUCAACAUGCUUGUCCUGCCUCCUGCUUCUGGGUUUGCUGUUCCUAAACAUGUAUUUAGAAGCUGUAAAUUUCGAAGCGUACAAAAAGCGUAUCCGCUCCGGCGUUUGUGCAGGGUAUGAUCACUACGAGAAGGGCGAAACUGCCUUCAUUUUGUACUUUUGUACCUUGUGCUAUGUGCAGGGCUGAGUUGGAAGACCCACUAAAUCUAAAUCUUCCAUCAAUAAUGGGUAAGAACAGCAGCUCCGCAGACAGAACAAGAGGAGAGCGUCAGAAGGAUGCGAGGAUGAAUCACUUUGACUCUAUACUUGUGUCGUUGAAUUAGCAGAUGAACACAUCUUCAUGGGAGACAGGGAACUUGUCCCCAAAACAAGAUAUGAACGAAAUCAGUGUUAUUCGGUCUAGAACUGAU